AUCAUCCGAAGAUGCAGCCAAACAUGAAUCUUCACGACAACGUCUGGACUCCUCCUUUCGGCAAUCGCCAACGCAUCAUUACAGCAUCACCACACCAGCACUCACACACCUCGCAGAAGUCAUCGUUUGCAAAAUGGAAAACUCACCCCUCGAUCGCCUCCCUCCGGAAGUCCGCAACCUCAUCUACAACCCUAGUCCUCUACGACUCGGACGGCGUACGCUUAUAUUGGACGACGACAGCGGGGAGUUCAACCUCGCCGUCCCGUCAACAUGUCAGCCUCCCUCCGAACUGCCUGGCCUGCCAGCUAUCCUUGGUCUCCCAGCAACAUGCCGCUUCCUACGCCUCGAAACGCUCCAACUCUUCUUCAGCCUGAACUUCUUUGUCUUCGACACCCGACACUUCGACUGGAGAGGGCCGGAGGCCCAUAAAGAAGCGAACGACUGGAUCCCAUCCAUCGAAUCGUGGCGGGACAUGGUAGUGCGAGAGCAGUUCCUGCUGAUGCGCAACGUGUGCGUCGAUCUUGGGUACUGCACAACGGCGACCUCCAACCCCGGCUUCCAUUCCAACCAUGCCUUCGCGCUGCAGAAGCUGUUUGGCGGCGAGCAGAAAAACGUGCUGAUCCGCCUGCGCACCAACACCGGGUACAGCGUCGAGGGCUUUCUCGACGUUACCUUUCUUGCUAUGGACGUGAGACGGGUGUGGAGGCAGUAUGUCAUUCCCGAGCUUGUGCGCAUUGAGGUCGAAUCGGAGUGGAGGCAAGGCGCGCCACCGACUCGCGCAGAGCAGGAUGAGUUCGACUCGGGGUUGGAGAUGCUGUUUUAUGUGGCAGGAGAGAUGGAGCUGAGCAGCAGGUUUUGUGUGGGAGACUUCUGCUGUGAUAUGGGGCGCGGUGGGGAUUACAUCAACGAUGAGACCCCUCCGAUGUCGCCAGGGUUUUACGGAUCGCCGCCGUAGUGGUGUUAACUUAUUGUUAGUGGGAAUUUUGUACCUGGUGGGACUGGGUACUCGUGGAGACAUGACACCCCCAAGUGCUUCUGCUCAGACUACCUAG